AUGCAACUGGCUACGCCUCCUCAGCAUCCAAAAGUGAAAGGUUGCCGGUGCGAGGGAAAUCCGCAGCGCGGGAUGCAAUCGGGCGAUUCCGGCGGCGCGCGCCGUGCCUCUCGUUGGCGGCGGCGCGGACUAGCCAAGAGCGCGCGCGAGCGGGACUACACAGCGGCAGCGCGACAGCUAUACGAACGACAUCGAGCUACGGGCGCCCGGCGCACGAACGGGGCGGCCCGGGGCGGGCGCCCGGUGCCGGAGCGCGAGCGGCCUACGGUACAAAGAGUGCGGUACAAAGAACGACGCGGUGAGCCGGCGCUUGCGGGACGCGAGCGCGGCGAGUGA